AUCAACCCAAGGUAGUAUGAUAGUUCCCGGACCGAUCCACGAAACUCCCUCAAACCCUUCCUUUUUGUAAGCUUUCCUCACUAUAUAUUACCAUAUAUUAUCAUUGUCACUCCACUCACACUUACAAACAUACACAAAGAUCAAUAGGGUUAAACUAGGAGUGAAGAUGGCAACUAAGCAAGAAGCUUUAGCCAUCGAACUCAUAAGCCAACACCUUCUCACAGAUGUUGCUUCCAUGGAAACCAAAGUUUCCAAUAUUACCUUUCACGACGCUGACUCAUCUCUUGUUGCAAGCCAAGAUCACGACCCAAGCCCAAGAACUACCACUAAACCAAACUCUACUCUUAACCGUCGUAAACCGCCCUUACCGAACAUAUCCGUUCCAAGAACGGUCUCUUGUACGAUAAAGAAGGCAGAGGAAGAGGAGGAGACAAGGCACUACCGAGGAGUGAGGAGGAGGCCAUGGGGAAAAUAUGCGGCGGAGAUUAGGGAUCCGAAUAAAAAGGGGUCUAGGCUUUGGCUUGGGACUUACGACACCGCCGUGGAAGCUGCAAGAGCUUACGACCAAGCGGCGUUUGAGUUGCGUGGGAGAAAAGCAAUCUUGAAUUUCCCUCUGGAAGUGAGGGCUACGUCCGACAGCUGUUUCGUUGGGUUAGGGAAACGAAAGCGGCUUAAGAGUUUCCCCGCGGUGGAUGAGGAAGAGGAGGAGAAGGCAGUACCGGUUAGGGUUAAAGAUGAGGAAAAAGAGAGAGAGACCACGGUGGCUGAGGUUGAAGCGGUGCCUUUGACGCCGUCAAGUUGGAUGGGGGUUUGGGAUGUGGGAGGAGCAGGAGACGGGAUCUUCAGUGUUCCUCCGUUAACUCCGACGUCUCCCAACUCCGACGUCUCCGUUACUUGAACUUCUGAAUUGUCAACGGUUGGUGACGUUUCCACCUGCUUCACUCAUAAUUUCUUAAUUUUUUAUAGUAGUUUAGUGGUAGUGUACAGACAUCAAAUUAGUAUUUUAGUACCAAUCAUUUUAUUCGUUAAUCUUUAUAGAAAAAGUAUGGAUGUUGAAAAUUUAGAUGAUAAUUUGUAUUUGUUGAUGUUCAUAUGUAAAUUCGUUGAUUGUAUAAAAAUUCUUGUUCAUUA